AGCUGGUAGUAGUAGUAAAUGAAUACGCUCAUAUCUUCUGCCUUUGACCAUGAAUCAGAGAAUGUAUUGGGCUUGGAUGCUGAACCUACAGUAUCUGAAUCUGUUGUUCAGAAGUUGAACUUUGAUGAGGAGAGUAUGAACGAUGAGGUUCGUACCAUGGCCACCGAAACUCACAGUAUAGACUCCCAUGAAUUGGAAACUGACCCUGUUUUGGAGACCACUUCUAUGUCCACAAACGGAAAUGGAGAGUAUCAAGUUGUGGGAAAUGAGGAGACAUCUGGCACAGUUGAGUCUGGCAAUAUGGGGAUUUUGUCAGAUUUCAGUGACCAGGCCAGUACCUCAUCUGUUUCAACCCCUAUUGCUCCUGAAAUACUUGGGAGAAUGGAUGAGAUACAGGCAUGUAUGAUUUCUCUAUCUGACAUGGAGAAGAAAUCCAGUGCUGCCACGACCAGCACUACUAAAAAUGACAUUUCAAACAGUGAGGAUUUAUCCAUUAUUUUGAAGAGAAUUGUACUUUUGUGUGAUUCAGCUGAUAGGCGUUGCCAAGAUGUUCUGUACGCCUCUUUACGUGGUCUGUCAUCGUAUAUUGACUCUGCUACUGAUUCCACCUUGUUAUCUAAUCAAAUCCAAACCGAGAUUAGACAUUGGUUAACUUCUAUUAUUCGGUUACCCGAUUAUACACCCAACAUUUUCGAAUCUCCUGUGGAAGCUGUUAUCAGCCUCACUGAAAGUCUCCUAUUUUCUAACUUCCCCACCAUGGCUGAGGAUGGACUCUUUGCUUUGUACGCCAAGUAUCCAGUCAUAUACAUGAGCCCAGACGAUGUUGAAAUAUACUCCAGACAGAUACUAUCUCGAUUCUAUCUCCCUAAAUCAGUGAUAAGCGUGGUCCCUUAUAGUCUCUCCUCUCCUAACUCCAGGACACUUGAUAUCAAAGCGUUUGAGCGAAUUAUAUCGGAUGAUAUAUCUUGUGGCAAAUUACCUUUGUUAGCUAUUACCACUGUUGGGACGAAGGUAACAGGACAUAUCGACAAUAUCCCAGCAAUCAAAUACAUGUGUGACAAACACGGCAUUUGGCUACACGCCAAAGGGUCCUGCAGCCCUCUGCUAUCACUGGACACACCCCCGGCUACGGUUAAGGUAUUUGAAGAAUGUGAUAGUGUUUCAGUGUCAUGUGACACGCUGCUCUGUGACACUUUCAUCCAGACGAGUGUCCUUUUCAUCAACUCUGAGAGCGACCACGUGACCAAUACGCCAAAGUUGGAAGUUGAACUUCCGUUGUGGGUCCUCCUCCAACACCAGGGCAGCUCGAAGAUAAUUAGCCAAAUACAAAACUCGUACAAUCUUGCCGUGCAACUGUACAAUGAACUGAAGAGCAUUGAGAGCAUCCAACUUCUGGAAUAUCCUCUGACGGGGCACGUGCUUUGUUUCCGGUACUACAGUUUACUGGAAAACAUUCCAGACCUUGCUGAGCAGGAUCCGAUGAACAACCUCAUGUCUAAACUAACUCUUAUGAUGUACGAAACACUAGAACAGCAGUUUGGAUCUGACAAGUUACAGCUGAUUGAACUGUCUGGUGAACUAAAUGUUAUCAGACUGGCACCUCUGGACAAAUCCUCUCUGACCCUGGACGACAUGCCUCUACUACUUUCCACAAUCCGAGAAGAGGUCACCAAGUAUGAGACCUCUCUGGGUCUGAGGGAGACGCUUAACCUGCAGAUUCAGAGUAGAGACAACUUCCUUCUUGUUAUCGACCCAUUGCAUCCUAGUGUUGGAGCUUUCCAGUAUUUGCCGAAAUAUCUCCAAGAUGAGGAAGCCUGCAAUACAUUGGAGGGUGGAGAGGAGUUGAACGAGAUAAACGAGAAAUUAUGUCAGUAUUUGGGGGACAGGUGGCCGGUCAUUGCUACUCGACAAGUCGCCAAAUUCACCGUUAUUUCUAUUCCUCUGGUAUCAGAAACGAUCGAUGUCCGUGCAUUGCUCGAUGACAUUGUUAGAACGGCACCUAAGUUUGAAAACAACAGCAAAUACCUCGCCAGAAUGUCUGAAAUUAUCAUGAGAGGAAUAGACCUAGCGAACGAGGAGCUGCAAUUAGAGUCAGAGCAGCAGUUUUACGAAAAAGGAAUUAUUCGAAAUAUUCCUAUUUUUGGUCCAGUCUUCAACUGGAUGUCCCCAAUUGAGGACAAGAUAAUUGUCGGUAGAUCCUUCUCGUUACAUUCAGGAGAAGUGGAGGCAACAGAUACAGUCUUCUCUGUGGCCGGAACUCCAGCUAGAUCAAGAACUACCAGCACUUCUUCAUAUGUCCAUGAUCCACAAGUAUGAUCAAAAUUUAAAGCCACAGAUGAGUUUUAAAAUUGAUCAAAAUUAAUCUCUCUCUCUGCCGCAACACGUUCAUCUCUUCCGUUGAUGAUAGAUCCCUACUGGAUGAUGGAUCCUUUACUGAGCUGCUACUUUGUUGAAUAGUUUAUUUAUAGUUUAUGUUAUGGUUAUGUAUUUUCUAAUUAAAGACUGUUGGUAUUUGCUUGAUAAAAUGUAAUAAUUAUAAGUAAGAUUAUGGAUUUUGUAAAUGUAUGUAUUGUUUUAGAUCGUAGUAUUUUGAGAAUAUUUAUUAGUAUGAAAUAAGUGUAAUAAACUCUUUACAACACAAAGAUAACUAAUUAUUGAUAUGAAUGCUGAAAAGUGGAAGUUAUACAAAUUGACAGAAUAUUGUGUUUUUUGACUGCCGUGAAUUAUUUGAAAUAUUAUUGCUUUUUGAGUUAGAUUUCGUUUUUGAUUAAGUAUUUUUCCAUCCGAUUCCUUUUUGUCGCGAAGCAGCAAAAGGGAGGAAGUGAUGGUUAUGAAUGGUGAGAAGAAAGUAUUUGGGAGAAUGGAAUUAACAGCUCUAUAUUUACCGUCUGUCAGUCUCACUUAACUUUGUACCCCAAGUCGUGCCGCCUGAAAUCAUAGUCAUUCCACGAGAUAUUGGUCGAUAGAUUGCGGACAAUACAGUGAUAGUAUUAAUAUAAUUAAACAUUUUGGCUAGAUUUUAAAAUGAACCGGCAUUUGAUAACUGCAAACACUAACCAAUAUUGUCAUCUAAUUAAGAGAAAGCAUCAUGCUAAUUGCUAUUGUCAAUGGUCGAUACGUAUGGCAAAUAGGUACAAUCAACGUAUUAACCGGGUUUUGUUCACAAUUACAUAAAUUAAUUGGAUCAAUAUUAAUUAAAGGAUAGAGUUUAUUCAUGAUACAAGCACAUAAUACAUAAUAUGCAUAGAUAUUGAUCGUGCCGCCGUCCGCCACGCCUUGAUAAAUAGUAGUUUAAUACAAGUCACACGAUUUAAACAGAUACUGGGUCGGGCAAGGUUUAAUACUGUGUACUAGUUUUAACGUUUAUUGCAAUCGUACGAUCUUUUUAGUGAGUCUAAUUCUGGCGCUUGGCCCACUUACCAAAGUUUUAAAUGGUCGCUGUAUUAGAUAUUAAAUGGAAAGUUAGUGGCUGUCCCUGGAAACUCGCUCGUUAUUUUGUAGGUUUGUAGCUAGGUUAUUUCGAAUGAUAUUCUAAGGGGUUGUGUAGAAGUGUGCUCAACCGGAACUCUGUAGUGUCGCAGGCUUUCAGAAAGUUUAUAUUGUCGUUGAAAUGGUGUAUUAGCUUUUUAAAUAAUUUGAGCUUAAAUUUUC